AGUUCUCUUUCUUAUGGGCGUAGUAGCGAAACCAAUCUCGUCUUCCUUCUUCGCUUCACAAGAACAUAUCGACAAAAGAGAUUUAACACAGAAAUUCUCUCUCUUUCUUCAACCAUUUUUCUUUCUAGAACCGUCCAUGCCACCGGAUAACCAAACGCACAUCACUCACUGAUUUUGUGCAAACAAACAAUAAGCUGAUAAAGUGUUCAACCACUUAGACACAAUUUUAACUUUUUCGAAAAAUAAGAAAGGAAGAAAAAAUCGAAAAGAAAGUCCAAGAAAGUUGGGCUACAGAAACCGCAGCAUGGCAACGCCGUUGGACGGAGGAGGAGUGGCGGUGCUCUCGAGUUCCGUCAACAAGGUAGACUCCGCCUCGGCUCUCAAGGACGACUUGAAGUGCUCGAAAACGGAGUCGCCGAUUUUGAUUUUCUUGUUUUUUCACAAAGCAAUUCGGAAUGAGCUUGAGGCGCUUCACAGAUUGGCCUUGGCAUUCGCCACCGGCAACCGCUCCGACAUUAAACCGCUCUCCGAGCGCUACCAUUUCCUCAGCUCCAUGUACAGGCACCACUCCAAUGCUGAAGACGAGGUGAUAUUUCCAGAUUUAGAUAUACGUGUGAAGAAUGUAGCACAGACAUAUUCUCUCGAACACAAGGGUGAAAACAACCUUUUUGAUCAUCUAUUUGAGCUUUUAAAUUCUUCCAUCAAUAGUGAUGAAACUUUUCCAAGAGAGUUAGCUUCCUGCACAGGAGCUUUACAGACGUCAGUUAGUCAACAUAUGGCAAAGGAAGAGGAGCAGGUAUUUCCUCUGCUUAUCGAGAAGUUUUCUCUGGAGGAACAGGCAUCCUUAGUUUGGCAGUUCCUGUGCAGUAUUCCUGUGAAUAUGAUGGUCGAUUUUCUACCGUGGCUUUCAACAUCUAUAUCACCUGAUGAAUCUCAGGAUUUGCGAAAUUGCUUAAUCAAGAUAGUGCCACAGGAGAAGCUUCUUCAAAAGGUUGUUUUCACCUGGAUGGAAGGGAGAGAUAGGGCUAACUCAGUUGAAAGUUGUGUAGAUCAUUCUCAAGUUUUAUGCAGUUCUAGGUCAUUACCCAAUCAGGUUGAGAAAGUAAACUGUGCCUGUGAAUCUACAACAUGUGGAAAAAGGAAAUAUUCUGGAUCUAUGAUAGACGUUUCUGAUACAACUGGAGCACAUCCUAUAGAUGAAAUAUUACUUUGGCAUAAUGCAAUAAAAAAAGAGUUAAGUGAGAUAGCAGUGGAGGCCAGAAAGAUACAACACUCUGGAGAUUUUACAAAUCUGUCUGCUUUUAAUGAAAGAUUUCAAUUCAUAGCCGAUGUUUGCAUAUUUCACAGUAUUGCUGAGGACAAGGUUAUUUUUCCGGCGGUCGAUGGAGAGUUUUCUUUCUUUCAGGAGCAUGCUGAAGAAGAAAGCCAAUUUAAUGACUUCCGAAGUUUGAUUGAAAAUAUUCAAAGUGAAGGAGCAUCAUCCAAUUCAGAUGUUGAAUUUUACUCCAAGUUAUGCACACAUGCUGAUCAUAUAAUGGAAACCAUACAGAGGCAUUUCCACAAUGAAGAAGUUCAGGUUCUUCCUCUGGCAAGAAAGCACUUUAGCUUUAGAAGGCAAUGUGAACUUUUGUAUCAAAGCUUAUGUAUGAUGCCUUUGAAAUUAAUUGAGCGUGUCCUGCCAUGGUUGGUAGGAUCUUUUACUGAAGAUGAAGCAAAGAUGUUUCAGAGAAAUAUGCAGUUGGCAGCUCCAGCAACAGAUUCUGCUCUAGUUACACUCUUCUGUGGAUGGGGUUGCAAGGCUCGUAGUGGAGGUCAGUGUUUGUCUUCAGGUGCAUCAGGUUGCUGUCCUGCACAUAAACUUUCUGACAUUGAAGAAUACAUUGAUCCAAUAUCCUGUGCUUGUUCAUCUACAUUAUCUAAUAGACAUUGCUCAGUAUUAACAGAAUCAGGAGAGAACAAAAGAGAAGUCAAACGAAACAUAUUGAAGUUGCACAAAAAUGAAGAUUUGCCAGAAACUUCGGAGACUGAAAGCAUUGAGAAACAAUGUUGUAGUCCACGGUCUUGUUGUGUGCCAGGUUUGGGAGUAAAUAGUAACAAUUUAGGGUUGAGCUCUCUCUCUACAGCCAAGUCCUUACGCUCCUUGUCUUUCAGCUCUUUUGCCCCAUCUAUUAAUUCCAGUCUGUUCGUAUGGGAAACAGAGAGAGGGUCUUGCAAUGUGGGAUGGACACAAAGACCAAUUGAUACAAUCUUUAAAUUCCAUAAAGCCAUACGCAAAGACUUGGAGUAUCUUGAUGUUGAAUCAGGAAAGCUGCGAGAUGGUGAUGAGACAAUUAUUCGGCAAUUUAAUGGAAGAUUUCGACUCUUGUGGGGUUUAUAUAGAGCUCAUAGUAAUGCUGAAGAUGAUAUAGUAUUUCCAGCUUUGGAAUCCAAAGAGGCGCUUCAUAAUGUGAGUCAUUCAUACAUGCUAGACCAUAAGCAGGAAGAAAAAUUGUUUGAAGACAUUUCCUGUGUUCUUUCAGAGUUUUCUGUCAUUCAUGAAUCCUUGCAGAUGACCCACAUGGCUGAGAGUUUAAGUGAAAGUAAUUUUGAAACCUCUGAUGGCAAUAAUACUAGUGAUGUCAUAAAAAAAUAUAAUGAACUUGCUACUAAGCUUCAGGGGAUGUGCAAAUCCAUAAGAGUGACCCUUGAUCAGCAUCUCUUCAGAGAAGAAUGUGAACUGUGGCCAUUGUUUGGGAGACAUUUUACUGUGGAAGAACAAGACAAGAUAGUGGGUCGGAUAAUUGGAACGACGGGUGCUGAAGUUCUCCAAUCAAUGUUACCAUGGGUAACAUCUGCCCUUACUCAGGAUGAACAGAACAGAAUGAUGGAUACAUGGAAACAAGCAACAAAGAACACUAUGUUCAAUGAAUGGCUUAGUGAAUGCUGGAAAGAGAGUCCAGUGUCUAUAGCACAGGAAGAAGCAUCAGAUCAUAGCACUUCUCCGAGAGGUGCUGAAGGUCGAGAAAGCUUGGGCCACAAUGAUCCGAUGUUCAAGCCAGGUUGGAAAGACAUAUUUCGAAUGAAUCAGAAUGAACUUGAGUCAGAGAUCCGGAAGGUAUAUCGAGACUCAACACUUGAUCCAAGGAGAAAGGCAUAUCUUGUGCAGAAUCUAUUGACAAGUCGAUGGAUAGCUGCCCAGCAGCAAUCACCUAAAGCACUUUCGGAAGGAUCAUCUAACAGUGUAGAAAUAGUAGGACUCUCACCAUCAUUUCGAGACCCAGAGAAACUUGUAUUUGGGUGUGAUCACUAUAAGAGAAAUUGCAAGCUUCGGGCUGAAUGUUGUGGCAAGUUAUUUACUUGCAGAUUUUGUCAUGACAAUGUCAGUGAUCACACGAUGGAUAGAAAAGCAACAUUGGAAAUGAUGUGUAUGCGCUGCCUGAAUAUACAGCCUAUCGGGCCUAUGUGCAUGACACCUUCAUGUAAUGGAUUUUCGAUGGCGAAGUACUAUUGCAAUAUAUGCAAAUUUUUUGAUGAUGAAAGGUAUCUUUUUGUUCGUUGGAAUCCUAAAUAUGGUAUUAAAACUGCUAUUACCUUCCUUUUCCCGUGUGGUGGUGGGUGGGGUAGGUGUUACCGAUUUGUUGGAGACAAUAAUUCUGUAAACUAA